UGAUAAGAAAAGCCAGAGUUUAGUGCUCGUGUUCACAGCCAUGUACCUCGUGCUUCGCUUCCGCAUGCCAAGUUUGUUGUAAUAAUAAGGGUAAUAACAACAAGAAUGAAAUGAACGUAAUAGUAUGUGUUUAUAGUAAAUAUUACUGUACUUUGCGCUCUAAACUGUAGCUGUAGAUAUAUGUCAGACACGUAUCAUAAGUUUCUGUAACGUUCGCAUUUAAAAAAUAACAUUGUAUGUAAAUGAUAAUGGUCCACGUUGUUGGUGCAAUUUCGUGAUACCACGCGACAAAGAACCUAUGACAAUGUCGCUACUUUCAUGCAAAGAAACAAAGAGACAAAUGAAACUAAAUAUUCUUCGGCAUAGACAAAAACUGUUACAAGCCUUGGCUGAAAUAAAUGAUACCAUCAUAGCACCGAAUAUCAAAAUAGACCCUAAAGAUAUAAAAGAGUUUAAUCUUAAUAUACCUAUAAUACCUACAAAAAUUAAACAAGAAAAAGUGUAUGUUAAACAUGAACCAAUUGAAAAUUCAUCAUCCUUGAAUAAUAAAGAUAACAAAAUUGUGGUUUCAAAGGUAGCUAAUAAAACUUUAGGUAGCACAUUUACCAGGAGGUCAAAGCGUUUGGUAAAUGCUGAAGUUGCUGGACAAAAAAGUAGUUCUAACAGUCGAGGACGUUCAGAUUCUUUGACUGAUGAUUAUGAGUAUGACUUGGAUAGUAUUGAUAUUGAUGUUGAAACAGUGGAUGAAGUUAAAAAAUCAAAGACUCGUAAUAAAUCAUCUGGCUCAAUCAAAUGUUUAUCUCCACCAGAAUCAAUACCUGAAUCAACUGGACCAAAAAGAUUCAGAUCUCCAACAAAUAGGUCAACGCAUAAUGCAAAAGAACGCCAAUGUCGUGAAUUAAUUUCUAAAUUGUUUAGUAAUCUUAGUAAACUUUGUAGUUACUUAGAAUGCAGUCGUCGUGUUCCAUCUAAACAUAGUAUUCUUUUAGCUGCUAAAAGAGAAUGUGAUCUAUUAGUUCUUUAUGAAAAAAAACUUAUUGUUGAAAAAAGACGUUGUAAAGAUAUCAACAAAAUUUUAUCUGCAAAAUUAGCAUCGAUUCAAAAAGAUGUCUGAAUUUGAAAUUGAGUAAUGAAUUCAUUUUUAUGACAGUUUUAUAUUCCAAAAAAGACAAUUGUUCAAUUUUUAAGAGUUUUCCUAGUUUUAUACAUAUUAUUUGUAAAGCAUGUAUUGGCAAUUAAUUAUUAAUUAUAAAAAAUUUUAUUAUUCAUGAUAUUUUUGUAAUCUUUAGAACUAGAAAAAGACAAAUUGUAUAUAUUUGUAAAUUAUUUUAUUAAAAAUUAUAGUUUA